AGAAUAUGCGAAGCCCAAGUUUACGGAGGCCCAUAGAAUCUGUAAAAUUCGUGCGCCAGGGAGUGAAAAUCAUCUGCCAACAAUCAGCGGCCCACCUUCUUCCUCUCUGACGGUCGGACCCCACCACCCUGCGCGGCCGCCGGCUCCUCCUCUCCUCUUCCACUUCCGGGCUUCCGGCCAACCCUUCGCCUCUCUCACUCUCUCUGACCCUCCCUUGCUCUCAUCGGGCUCCUCAGACCAUCGCGAGAGCCAGAGGGCACAUUGGAGGAGACCUCAGCUCGCCAGGCAAGUGAGCAGCAGCCUUCUCCGCCCCUUUCUUCCCGGCGAGACGAGGCGAGGCGUCGGGCUCGCUUGCUCAUGGCCCGCCCGUCAGGGAACCAUGGUGAUUAGGUCAAGCAGGGGUUUAAACCUCGGCUACGGACGACCAGGUAGUUCAGUAGGUGCUGGAGCCCUGUCACGCCUGCAAUUGUAAUACCCAUACUAGUAGCUUCGAGUUCUUGUUGCGAUGGAAGGCGGUAUCUCUAGCAAGAGGCAAGUAGAAGCUCGGCGAGAUGGACAGAGCAGCCGCAAGAGGCAGAAUGUCACCAUGGGGAUGGAGACCCUCGACUGCCCCAUCUGCUAUCUGCCCCUCAGACCUCCGAUAUACCAGUGUACCGUAGGGCAUUUUGUAUGUUCAUCUUGCCACCCCAAGCUCCUGGCCAAAAAGUGCCACUUAUGCUCUGUCGAAACUUCCUUCAAGCGCUGCAUAGGGAUGGAACGUCUCAUGGAUUCACUCACGGUUCCUUGCUCCAAUGCCAUGUAUGGGUGCGCCAAGAAGAUGACCUACUAUCAGAAAGAAGAACAUGAGAAGGCAUGCCCGUACGUUCCAUGUUUCUGCCCAGAGUCCACCUGCGGCUUUGGGGGACCAACAGCCGCGCUCCUGGACCAUUUGAUCUCCCAGCACAAGUGGCCGUCUACAACCAUCACAUACUCUAACCAGGUUGACUUCCGCGUGCAUCCAGGCCUACAUGUUCUUUGUACUGAAGAUGGACACAUUUUCCUGCUCAACAUGGCACUGGAGCCAUUUGGACAUGCAAUCUCUGUCAUCUGCAUCCAGCCUGUGACCAGCUCAGGUGUGAAAUACAAGUUCGAAUGUGAAAUGGAUCACCACUGCUCCGUGACCAGAUAUUUUCAGAGUUCAACAUACAAGAUAAGAAGCUCGUCACUGUCUGAUGGGCUACCAACAGGGUACAACUUCAUUCUUCCCAAGGGCGAGAUAUCGGAUGAUAGAGAGGGCAUCUUGCUUACAGUCACCAUUCGGGAUUCAGAACCGAUGGUGCGCAAACCGAUAUGUCUCAAACCGAAACAUGGUGUAUGAAAGUGCAAUGUUUGGUGAGGAGUUGUUAUUUUGGUGGGUAUUGCCGUUUUGGUUCCAGAACAUGUAUAUAUAGGUUGAGGAUCUCUCGAUGAUCUCAGACUUCCGAGUAUCGUAGUUAUUUACUUAUUUUUAUGAAGUACGUUCCAUGCUGGAUCAGAACUCAAAAGGUGUCAGAUCAGAUGUUUGAUGUUGCAAAAUCCUCUCGAAAACUGUA